CAAACUGACAAAUUUUGAAGUCGAAUCGAAUUAACGGCCCGUGCAUGAGCAAACUGCGUGAGCGUAAAAGCAAUCUACUACAAUUUUCCAGUUUCCAUUUCUAUCAAAUCGUUAUUUUUGACCAAAUUCAUCAUGUCUGAGUUAUUCAACAUCUUUGGAGACAGCCUGACGCGCCAGCCAACGAAAAAUGUUGCCCGCCAACCGCUAUUCAACAUCGAGAAUAUGGGCAAAUCCGUUUCAACGGGCCCAAUCAAACCCAACGAACCGUUGAAAAAAGGCGUCGAACCGAAGAAGACUUUUCUCUGUAACAAGGGGAAAGCCCUACAAAGCACGCCUAUGCGGCAAGCGCUCACGCCGCGGGCAGUCAACGUCGGAGCCCUAAUCUACAACGACGCUGAUGCUAAGUCUGACAAUGCUGUAAACUUUGAUGAGUUGGAGUUCACUAGACCUGUUUACAAAUGUGACAAUUAUACUAAAGACUGGCUUGACUACCUACCAUUGCCAGAGCCCGAGCUGAAUCGGCUUUCACUGUCGCCGCCGCGCACGCCGGCACCCAACACGCGCCGCGCCAGUCUAGAAUUUGACUGCUCCUAUCAGGAUGAAUUCUUCACAGAUGAUUUCUCAAAUGAGAGUAUCCCAGAUCCAAAUGACAGUGACCUGGGCUUGCCGGCCAUUUAUUGAGUUGAUUUAUUGUCCUAGUGUGUAAUGUAUAUUUUAAUAAUUAUUCCUUAAAUUUUUGACACAGUAUUAAACAUGUUUAGACAAACUAAUAACUUGUGGACUUUCUAUACUUAUUAAUUUCAAGAUUGUAAUUUAUUAUAAUUUCUUGCCUAUCUGAAUAAUUGUAUUAUUUCAAUGUGAGAUUGUAAUUCUUUCUUAUUGUAUUGUUGCACAUUUUUUAUUAAUUUAAGAACUAUCAUUUUUCUAUAAAUACUUGUAAUUGUAAACUUGAAAGUAGUUAGUCUAUAGAAAUGAUACUGAUACGCAAAAAUGAAUGGUACUCAUCACAUGGGUGCAUAUUAUGUCAUGCCAUGUUGCAGUUUAGAAUAUAAUGAAUAUAGAACUAGAUGUAUUGUGCAUGUAUUUUUCUAGCUUAGCUUGAAUAAACAUAGUAUAUUUAAGUGUUUUCUAAUGA